AGAUAUAGAUCGAUAGAUAGCUAGAUAGAUAGAUAUAUAUAGAUAUAUCGAUGGAUAGAUGGAUAGAUAGAUGAAUAUAAAUAAGGACUUUCAGACAAAUGUCAAGAGAUGGCGGUAUUUUUUAUGAAGCAAAAAAUGGAUGCGCCCUUGUUGCAGGGAAGUUAAUGAAAAGUGAUGAUGUGUUCUUCUUUACGCCGGGAACUUUACCAAACUACUCAUUGUAUUCAACUGUUACAGAAGUCAUCAACUCCUAGAUCCACUCACUAUAAGGCUAAUAAAUCAAUAUUUUGAAACAAAGGGAUACCGUCAACUCAUCAAUCGUAAUCACCAUGAAGCUAUCGCCGUGGGUACUGUGUUCUUGCCUCGCAUCUCUCUUCUCCUUCAUCAAGAGGACUGUAUUCCGGUUCCGGAGGAGACGAUCCAGCGAUCCCGGUCUACCUACCACCAAACCAUCAGGGACCCUGGGUCCUUCCAUCAAUGGGUCUGGUGCUCAGAAUUACAGCAAUACUUCACAAAUAAAUAACUCAGGCGUUGAUCUUGAUUGGGAUGACUGGGGGGAUGGCUCAACUAUGAGCAUCAAGAUUGACCCUACCACGCCCACGGUCGCCUCUAGUAACCAAACGGCGCCCUCGCUCGGAAAUCCAGACGAUGGAGAGGAAGAACAGCAAGUAGACUAUUUUGCAGAUAUGACACCAAGUUAUAAAAAACCUGCCACGAUACGAAAGAAGACGCCCCAUCAGAUGAUACCAGGUCCAUCUUCAUUAACUCAAGGAUUAUCAAAUAGACUUUCUUUAGGAAUGGAUGAAACAGCUCUACUAACGGAUGAGCUGGGCACAUGGACAGAAAACGACAACGGGUGGGAGGAGGAGGCUGGAGACGACUUGGCAUGGGAGGCAGAGCAAGUCAUUAGGGAGAAGAAACUAGCGGAGCGGGAGAGACGUGCUGCCGAGCAACGCCGGAAGAAGAUGGAGAAAGAAGUGCAGAGGAAUACAAAGAAGGACAUGAGCAAAUUGGCGACAAAAUUAAAAUGAAGGCUAGAUAAGGAUCGUGAUAUGAUGGUACAGCUGUGUACAGAACCUAGUGAAUCCUGUGAGUAGUGGAUAAGAUGUCGACGAUUAUGGAGUCGCAGAGAAAGGCAAAGGCAAAUCAGCAACAGUUCAAAUGGAAACCAGAUAAGGAUCAUUGAUUAUAGUCGUUGAACCUUUUACCUCUAAGUCCUGAUGGCUCCUGUGUGAAUUUGAUAGGAACCCAAUGACCUUUGAGUGGCAAAGAAAGACUUUUUAUGGCAUAUUGGUUAGAAAGUUAAAGCGGCCUGCCAUUGACAAAUCAUGGGGAAACUCAAUCAAUACGAAAUUUGCAAAAGGCCAAUUGACUUGCAUAAUAUAAUCCGUCCGUCAUGAGCGCCCGUCGGACUAAUGCGAUAAAAGUUCGGACAGCACGAAUUUGACCGAACCCGUGAUCGUUAUUUACUUCGGGUUGUCGCAGUUCUAGUUUCCAACAAUCCCAAUUCUUAGACUCUUAGCAGGUCUCUUGGUUGCUAAACCAAAAUAUAGAUAUCCUCUGUGAAGUUACAUGUUUCAAAGUGAAAACACACAGUUUACUUCUGGUUGGUUAGUCGACUAACUAUUGCUCUCCUAGAUUAGACCUCCCAGGCAUGCAGCCGAGUGAAAGACUUUAAUCCCUUCUCUGUUCUGAGAUUGGCGUUGAUUUCUCCAUGAUUUGUCAAGGGAAGGUCGCUUUAAAGUGAAGGCCGGAUAAAGUAUCAUUGAUUAUAGAUGUUAAUAACCAUUUGCAUCUAAAACCUUGUGGUUCCUGUGUAAGUUCAAUUGGAACCUGAAGAUCAUUGAUGGUGGAAAAGAAGAUUUGGGCAAAAUGGCAACAAAAUUGAAAUGUGGACUAGAUAUGAAUCAUGUGACUGCAAUUACGUAAUUAACCCUUUGCCCCCCCCCCCCCCUCCUGAUGAAUCCUGUAUGAACUUAUCAAGUCUAGAAAACCUGUGGAUUUUGGCUCCGGAACCCGGGACAUCCUUAAAUGAAAUCUAUGCAGUACGGAGCCCAGUAGUGUAUGGGAUAUAAAAUGAAGAAAGCUUUAUAUUUUGCCAUGAUGUGAUGUGUCAAGGUUAGGUGUCAUUUUUUUAUAGGCAUAUUAUUUCAAGUCAUCGCAGCAAAUAGUGAUGUAAUAAGAAAGUCUUUUUUAACAUUAAGGUCAGUUAAAUCUUUAUUGUCUUAGAUCGACAUAUCUGCCUGUAAUGUAACCUUAACUUUGUCAAAUCGUAAAAUCUUAGCUGAAGAAGCACUUGUCUAAAGACUGCCGACAUAGAUAAGCACUUGUGGGGACUUGUGUUAUGGGCUAUUCCACGGUUACUCAGGUUACGUUUGGAGACACCUUGACUCAUACUUGGAGCUGUAACUCCAUUAUUAUUGAUAGGAACUAAACAUCUCUUUAUCACAACAAAGUACGCAGUAUGACUAUCCUUUGUAUAAAAACAAAACUUGGGAAAUUUUAUUAUGCUCCUGGCAAAUCUUUGAAAUGUGUCGGUUACUCAUGUUACAUGAUUUGGACAUGCAUGAAAUGAAAAGUCAACAUAAGUGAAAAGUGUCCUCAUACAAGGCUUUUAUGAAAGUUGAUUAUUUCCAUUUCAAAGAAGUAUAUUAGGGAGACAAACUUUGUAUAUAAUUAAAAAAUAAAGAACACAUGGUUUUUACUAGGGGUGCAGAUAAAGUGGUUACUCAUGUUACGGUUCAGAUGGGCUAUAUGUACAAAGACACAUUGAGCUCAGGUCCACCAACCUAUGGAAUUGCCCUUAUUAAUUAUUAUUGCUUAGAAUUAAAAUGACCUGUUACCCAACCAGCAGGAGUUCCAUGCUAAUUUAGCUCAUUUCUCUCUCACCACUUAUGUAUUUACAAUGUAUUAUUAUUGUUAUGCUUGUUUUGAUUUUUCUUUAUCCAAAUCAACUUGUUGGAAUAAACUUGGGUAAUAAGAGAAAUGCAAACCAUCUAUCUUGUAUUCAGACCAAUGCCCUUCAAUGGCUGUAGAGAUUUGCUAUGCCCUGUCCUC